CGUCGUGGCCAUCGGAAACACGUGACACAGUCAAACGAAAGGCUCCAAAUUUAAAACGUGUCACGGACGGAGUUAGCAGGUGACCAUGUAGCAAACAGAAACAGCGAGGAGUGUAAGCCGAGACCUGGAACAGAACCUGAGGGAACAACGUUGUCGGCGGAGUGUACGGCCUUUGUAGCGCCAGAGUUUUAAAUCUUGAAGUGACUUGGUCGAGAUUAACAGGAAGAGGACAAUGCAGUACACUCCUGAAUCAGCUGUCCACCUGAAGAGCUUCAAAGCCCUGCACUGUUAUGAUGUGUGCUCUGACAGUGGAUAUUCAGGUUUGUUCCAGAGCCCACAGAGUACCGCUGGAGUAGACUCCUGUCAGUCAUUUUCUUUAGAGGAAUUAACCGAAACUCCCAAAGAGAACCUCAAGCUGACUGUUUCUCCUAAAGAAAAGAAUAGAGACCCAGUCAGGUUUUUGGGCAAAGACUCCAGAGAAUUUCAGCCCUCUGCGGUUACCUGGUGUGAAACUCCCAAAACACACAAAAGAGAUGGCAUGUUCCGACAAAGGCUUCCAAUGUGUAAAUCCACCACAGUCAAAAAUGACAACAUCAAAUGGACUGAAUCCUCUGUUGGUGUCCAGUCUGAACACUGGCUCAGUGCUUCGUUUGACUCUCUAGACGUCAUGACUGGGGGUGAAUCAAACACUUUAAAUCCAGACCAGGAUCUGCUUCUAUCUGGCAGGAAACGCCGUCUCCUCUUCACACAGGUGAGGACCUCCACUCUGGAAGAUGGCAAACUCAACACUGGUCACCUCUCCUCUUUUGAGAGAAGCGUUUCACUUACAGAAACAGAUUUCAGUGAAAGCACCGAUCAGCUGGACACAGAUACUUCAGGCCAUGGUAAAUUCCUGCCUGUCCUAACUGCAGAAAACUCUCAAUCAUCAGUAAACAGUGCUACAAAUGUCCUUUGUGACAGCUCAAGUGCCUUGAGCACACCAUCCUUCACACGAACGCCCAAAUACAUCAGAUCACUAUGUGAGGACAGUGGCUUUGGUUCCCUCACACUUGACAAAUCCCAAGACUCCUCAGUGGACCAUGAUGGCUCAUUCCAGGAGCUGCUGCUUUCUGCUCCCAGAGGAAACUGUGAAACUCCUAAUCUGGCAGAUGCAAAGCGGCGUUCCCGUCUGCAACGUCAGCACAGGCUUUCUACACUUAAAGAAGGUGGCUCUCAGUCUGAGGAAGACCUGGCAGAUAUGAAGCACCAACAUCCUUUUAAGCACCACAGCUGUUCUAAAGAAGAUGAGGUUUUUGCUGAUGAUGCUACCCCAUGUAGUGUCUUAUCUGCUAAAUCUUUAAAGAACUUGACCUUUAAUGGUGUAACUUUUGGUAAACAUAGCCAUAACACACCACUAAGGGCAACUACAGCCAAGCCAGAACACACAACACCCAACACUCCAGCUAUCACCCCUCUCAGUGCAACCCCAAUAAAUCUCUCCCUGACUCCAGCCUUGGAGCUGGUUCAUGUUAUGUGCCAGCACAAAGCUCAGAUGUGUGCUGUUCAAAGUCCAUGCCUGAAGGAAGAGUUAAAGAUGACAGCAGCACUAGCCAACACCCAGAUGAUGUUCAGGACGAGCAUGCCACUAGCAGGGCUGAUUGGUAGGAAGAUGGGCGUGCGGAAGGUGGAUAUACUUACAGAGCUGAAGAAGAGGAAUCUCAGGCACAUCCUUGCUGCCAUAUUCAGCAUACUGAGCUCUGAGAGCAUCUACAGGUGUGGUCAGGUGUGCAAAAGCUGGAAUGAGACUAUCCAGCAGGACAAGCAAGCUAGUUCAAGGAGAAGAAACCACUUGAGUGAAGUGGAGGCUGCACUUGAGCUUGGUGGUGCUGUCCACAUUGCUGAUGCAGAGACCAGAGUAGCUCUGCUGAAGAGGUCAGCCUUGAAGAUGGUUCAGCCCCAGUCCAGAACCUCCAGCUUCUGCACCCCACAGUCAGCAAAUAGCACUUUAACCCCAUUACAGCACAGCACUUUGCAGUCAUCCAGCGGCAGACGGGAUAAAUUUCUGGAGGUUGCCAAAACACUCUUCAAUGACGAAUGCCUGAAGCCUUGCCCUCGAUGUGAACAUCCUGCAAAGUGCCACUCGGUGAAACGGGAGGGAGUGUGCAGCAGAGCCGACUGUGGUUUCCAGUUUUGCACAUCGUGCUUGUGUGCUUUUCACGGCUCCAGAGAUUGUACAAGCUGGUCUUCAGGCCGUCGCAAGAAGGACAGUCUACUUCCAGGAAGUGCUCAGAGCAAGCGAAACGUUAGAAGACUCUGAUGUUUAAUCAUCACCAUUUGCCAAACGGCUUCUUUAACAUUCAUGGUUUUUAUUACUGAGGCGUAAGGAUGGCAGGUACAUAAGCAACGUUGGUCGUGUUCAAAUGUAUGUUUGUGCCUUUUAUAUGUAUAUAUAUUUUUUUACUACUUUUUUUCCAACAUGCAGUUCUUGUAUGUUUUUAAUUAUGCAUGUGCAGGAGGUCUUAUCAGCAGAUACAGGAAGUCAUUUUUUCUGUUGAUGUACUUUUCCACACACAGACUGUACAGAGUGCUUUUUGCUAUUUCUAAGAUUUUUUAUUUUUAUUGUAUGUUUAGAACAGUUUUAAAAUAAAUUUGAACUUUUUUUUUUUAUUUUUUCAUAAACAUUUCUGUUGUCUAUUUUCUGUAGAUGUAGCUUGUAAUCUGUGCAAAUGAAAUUCUUCAUGGUUUGGUUCCAUCUAGUGUUGUGAUGUGUUAACUGCAGCAGCAAUAUUCUGGCGUUUGGACUCUUUUAGAUUAACCUGAAAGUCAUCUCAAACAUGUAGUAAUGUCAUUUCUGUGAAUCAUUUAGAAUAAA